AUAGGGAGAAAUGAGUAAGAGCUGGAGCUGAAACAGUGCGCGGCGUAAUUCCUGCUCUGUGAUCACGGAUACUCCAGGGGAAAAACCGGGAGAGGGGGCAGGCGGAGGCAGUUAGCAGCUCAACCUUUGCGACCGACUCAGGACAGAACGUCUAUAGAUAUUUAUAGAAAUUAAAGCAAAAACAACAACCUUACCCUGAAUAGACCCUUUCUUAAAAAGAAAGUCCUGGCAAUUCGGUCUUAUUUAAGCAAUUUCCUGAGUCUAAGAAUAGAAAUGAGCUGCCUGGAAGGCACUGCAGGCUGAAAUUUGGAGUCAUGGGCUGCUUUAUUUUCUUUUUCCAAGUAUAAAACCCUGCAAUGUGGAUACCGGAUUUUAUGUCGGUCUUUGAAACGGAGGGAUGUAUGGUUACUUUUGAUUUUACUUUUUCUCUCUCUCUAAUUUAAAAAACUGUCUUCCAGUUAAAAAGGAAACCGUUUUACCUGCAUGUGGCAAUCCCAAAGGACACCGAUCAAGAAACAGGGGAGCAACUUGGCUUUCUGCACUAUUUUACUCCUGCCCCGCUUUUUUUAGUGGGGAGGGAGAAGGAUUUUUCCAAUCCACGAACCUCUUGCCCCCAAGUUUUGGAAGGGGGCUGAAGACUUGGCACCCAUCUGGGGGUGCAUGAAGGGUAUCGGUUUUCUUUCCCUGUCCGUCCGGCUGUGCGAAGGGUUGGACGAGCGGUCCGCCUUCCUGCCUUGCCUGGAACGAGAGGAUGAGUUGGAGAUGGCUGGGCGCUCUGCUGCUCUUCCCCGUGCAGAUGGUCUACCUGGUGGUGAAAGCUGCCGUGUGCCUGGUGCUGCCGCCCAGGCUGCGGGACCUGUCCGCCGACAGCGUGCUCAUCACCGGCGGGGGCAGAGGCAUCGGCCGCCACCUGGCCAGGGAGUUUGCGAAGCGCGGAGCCAGGAAGAUCAUCCUGUGGGGUCGAACUGAGAAAUGCCUGAAGGAGACCACAGAGGAAAUCAAGAUGAUGGGGACCGAGUGCCAUUAUUUCAUUUGUGAUGUAGGAAAUCGAGAGGAGGUCUAUCAGCAAGCCAAAGCUGUGCGGGAAAAGGUGGGUGAUAUCACUAUCCUAGUGAACAAUGCUGCUGUGGUCCAUGGUAAGAGCCUGAUGGACAGCGAUGAUGAUGCACUGCUCAAAUCACAACAUAUAAACACCCUGGGACAGUUCUGGACCACCAAAGCAUUCCUGCCAAGGAUGCUGGAGUUGCAGAAUGGACACAUUGUUUGCUUGAACUCUGUCCUGGCCUUGUCAGCCAUCCCUGGUGCCAUUGACUAUUGCACCUCCAAAGCCUCUUCCCUUGCCUUUAUGGAGAGCCUGACCUUGGGGUUGCUAGACUGUCCUGGAGUGAAUGCCACAACAGUCCUGCCCUUCCACACAAGCACAGAGAUGUUUCAGGGCAUGAGAAUCAGGUUCCCUAAUCUUUUUCCUCCUCUCAAGCCAGAGACUGUGGCUAGGAGGACAGUGGAAGCUGUUCAGAUGAACCAAGCCUUUCUCCUCCUUCCAUGGACAAUGCGUGUUCUUGUCAUCCUAAAAAGCAUUCUCCCUCAGUCAGCACUUGAAGAAAUCCACAAGUUUUCUGGAAGCUACACCUGCAUGAACACUUUCAAAGGACGAACAUAGACUUGAUGGUGCAAAGACUAUUCCUCUGUGAAACCAACCUAAGCAUGAGAAUCCUGUCAAGACUGUGAAUCAACCGUCUUGGCUUUUAGCCUGUUCAUGUGACUUGUGCUGCUCUAAGGCAACACAUUUCUUGCAGGUCAUAACCAUAGUAACAUGACCUUUGCACAGGACUGAAUGACCAGACUAUGGACCCUUGGAAAGAAAAACAAAAAGUGUGAAAUGUUUAUAUGAUGUUUAAUUCUUUAGAGUCCAUUGUUAAAGCUACUCACAGUUUUAAGAUGUAAUUUUUGUUUAUAAAAUAUGUAUAGGCUGUUUCAGCUGAGAGCAGCAUAUCACAUCCUGAAUUUUAUCCAUCUCUCCAGAGGAACUGCGAUUACAAACUGAUUCUGAUUUCAUUCUUGCUUUUCGAAUGGGAAAAAUUACUUUGAAGAAUGACAAAUUAUGGACAUUUGGUGGAAGCUUCCUUCACUGACUGAUCGUGCUUUACAUAUGCUGAUGAAGCUGUUCCCAACUCAUGUCAUAGGGAAGGAACAAACUGCUGUUUUCUUUAAUAAAGGCCACCAGGCCUUCUGCGUGGAAGAACGGUGCCAGGUCCCAGAGAGCUGACUGUACCUGUGAAGGCCGGAUGGGCAUGCUCAGUCAGAAGAGCCUGCAGUUUGAAUCGUGGAAGAUUCCUUCUCGUACUGAACUCAUAUAUGAAAUUUAAUUGUCUUUCUGAAUAUUUUUGUUCAUUUAUGAUGAAAUAUAUAUAUAUAUUUAUAUAUAUAUAUUUUAGCAUUACUCUCUAGAUUGCCACGCAUGUAGGCAUCAGAUUGGAGAUGAACUAAAUCUAGAGCCUGCUUUCACAAACACACAUUCACUGACAUAAUUCACACAGAAGAAAAUCCAUUGCAUCAAUCCGCACAGUGAAAUAAGUGGGAUAAUGCUCUAAAAAUAGAAGAGACAGCACUCUAGUGCUCAUGAAAUGUGAAGUUUGCAAGCACAGUUAGCAAAGACCUGAUUAAAUGCACGUUGAAUACAACUGGGAAUAUACCCGUUGUUUUUUAGGGGUAUCAAAUCAGGCACUGAUCAGCCAAAAGUGAUAAAUACUACUUGGACUGAAAUGCCAGAAGCAGCUAGACAUUAUUUAUUUUUGUAAUGAUAUACUCUCUUUGACAGCCUAGCAGGAGUAACACUGCAUUCCUGUGCCAGAUGCAGUGUGCAGCACAAGGCAGAGCAAUGUAAUUGAAACAUUAUUGGAACACUACUAAAAGAGGAAUUAAUAUAAUUGCAAUACAGGCAAGUAGCAAGUGUGGUGGGAGAACACCCCAAUGAAGUGCCUCAAGGAAAGCCAUGUGGUUAAAGUAAAGGAGUGAAGUUAGAUUUCCUGACUUGAAUUUCGAGCUUUUCCAUAGAUGUUCUGUGUGACCUUGGACAAGUCGCCUAAUCUCAGUGCACCCUGACAUGCAAAGCAGAUACUUCUAGUGUUUCCCUACCUCAAAAGUUGUAAGUCUAACUACCUUAAUGUUUGUCAAGUGGCCAGCAAAUUCAAAUGGAAUAUGACAUAGAAGGUAAAAGCUGUAUUUGUUUAUAAACCAAAAGGUUUUAUGCAAAAAUAUAGAAGAGAAAAAAAAAUCCAUAUUCUAAAACAUAUCUUUUCCUAGAAGAGAUCUGAGUUCUAGGAGAAAAGCUGUGAGCUACAUUUGAGAUUCUUCUUUGGUUCUGCCCUGUAGAAUGGGGACCAACUACUUAGAUGCAAUGAUGUGCAUGUUAAAAUCUGAAGGGUCUGAUCCUUGCUGCAAGUCAGUCUUUUGGGGCAGUUCACGAAACGGAUAAUGCAAAGGGUGCCAUUGAUGCAAGCCCCUCUGCCUGCAUGGGUAUUUUGAGGAGCUCUCCUACCUGGACCAGUGCUUUCCCUCUGAGUGCAGAACAUGCAAGCUUCAGUACUGUGCCAGCUUUGAAAAAGUUUCUUACAAUGGAGUUUUGUUUUGAAUUCCUAGAUGUCUUGAGACUCUCUGAAGAGGAUGAAAAGAAACUUUGAUCUCUGAUUUUGAUGCCCAGCCUAAUAGAUGCUUUCAGCUUUAUUAUUUGAGAAGAAAGCUAGUUCACUGAAAACAAAACUACAGUGAGGGGAGAACCCUUCCAGGAUCUGCCAGGAAUACUAAAGGUACCAUAAAUAUCAAGAGCCACUUGGGAGGGGAAGGGAUGAUUAUACCUACCUCCCCUUAAGCACUCUAAGCCUUUCUGUUUUCUCAUUAACCACAGUCAGGCAUGCCAGGCUUGUAGAUCCAAGAGCAAACAGAAUUGGUGAAAGAUGGCACCCCACAGUGUCCCUCUUAAAUCAAACCUUUAUGUUGCUAUUCCAUUCAUUAAUGACAUCCUAAGGCAAUGCAGAGGUAAAAAAACAAUGCACACAAUGAAACAAACUCCCCGCUAAUCCCCAUAUGCUGCCCUCUCAUGAAACUGCUGUUUUCCUGAACUGCAUAAAAGAUGCUCCCUGUCUGCAGAGGUUGUCUUACAUACUAAGUGCUGUUGAUUUCUUUCUAAUUAAUACAGACUGAGCCAGAACUUAGCUGAGACUCCGUGGUCUGUCUCACCCCCCUCGUACACACACACUUCCCUUUCCCUCAGGGUCUCUGAGCGGACAGCAGGUCAAAUAGCAGUCACAGUGGGGGAGAGGUAUGCAGCAAACAGAAAAUAAUGAGGAAAACAUUGGCUUGGCUUUUUAGAUAGUAAGGAAGAGUUGGGUAAGAGAAUUUCUUCUCUUGUGAGCGUUGUGAGAUAGAAUGCUCUACACCCAAGUGAACUGCUUGCAAGUUUCGCUGGAUACAUCUGAAGGCUUUUUUUGAUAGAUGCCCGCUGAGGUCUACUGUCCCCUCUCGCAUACGAUUGAUACUGGGUAAUCUUGAACUGCUGCAAAUGCAGACAAGCUUUGUCUACAUUGAAAGCCUAAGGCUUUUUCAAAGGAAUUUCCGCCGCCCUUUGACUUAUUUUAAUUUUGGCUUUCCCUGCUCUCUCCACUGCCUCCUGCUUUCCACUGCACUAAACUGUUUUUCUUUUCCCCCCUUCUGUAUUCCUAUGUCAUUACUGCACUUUUCAGUGCCACCAUCUUGAAGCCAGAUGUCAUACAAGGGAUCUGGAAUAAAUCUAAAUCAGGGGUAUAUAUUUAUUAUCCUGCUGGAGGAAUCUAGGAGAAGCUGCAGGAGGAAGUCCCCACAGCAGCUUCUUAAGAAAUUGGCUAAGCUCUUCAGGUUUUAUUUGUUCUAAUCUGUGGAGUAGAAGACGACCCCUUAUUAGAAUUUUUAUAUGGGAGAUUUCUGCUGCCUAUCUUUAAACUGGAAUGGUAGAAAAAUUUUAGCUAUUAUGGGGCAUAUGUUGUCCUGAUAUAAGGAGAGAGAGUCUAUAUUUAAAUAGAAGGAUUUUUCAGUUCCAGAUAUUUCAGAGGCUGGUGUUUCAUAGCAAUUCACUUUCAGAAUUAAUAAGGCAGGAUGGGAAGAGAAAGGGAAGAGUAGAAGGCUUCCUUUGUAAGUAAAUCUGAUUUCUCGUCUUCGAUAUUUGAUUUUGUGUUUUUGAUUUAAAAAAUCAUGUUCCUUGGGUGCACCCUGGUGAACUUCAAAGAGAGACUUUCAGCUGUAUCUCUGCUGAUGGUGUAUUUUUUGCAGGAUGAAGAAAAGGCGUGAGCCCUGAAACAGGGAAAUAAGCCCUCCCCAUCUGUUGUUCUGUUAAGGUUAAAAAGUGGCAGAGUUCAUCCCUGUAGUUCUAGAAUCACAGAAAGUGCCUGGGCAAGUGAUUCCAGUGUUUGCAAAGAGAAACUUGUUGUACUUUAUGUAAUGUGCUAAUUAGUGUGGGUGGAUAUGAUCAGAUCUAGUCUUGCAAGCCUUUCAGACAACUCCCAGAACACUCCCACCUUCAGAUAUUAACAGAUUGCAUUACACUUGCCAAAUUUCAUAAAAGCACACUAACAAACCUAACGCAGACACGGCAUAAGCGGGUGCAUUUAUUUCUAAGAGAACACAUCUGCUUGUACCAGACAUGAAUUUGUCCUAGCUGUUUUCCUCUAGCUGAAAUUCAACUGUUGAAAAAAGAAUACACAGUGACCUUGGAUCAUCUAUUUUGUUUUUAUUUCUUCACGUACCUUUAAUAAACUAAAUCAGGGUGACAGCCA